AUGGCUGGCGCACGUGGCUUAUGGCGUGCAACAGGAAUGAAAGAUGAAGAUUUUGGUAAACCGAUUAUUGCGGUAGUCAACUCAUUUACUCAAUUUGUACCUGGUCAUGUACAUCUGAAAGACUUAGGUCAGCUGGUUGCUGAACAAAUUCAAGCAGCGGGUGGCGUGGCAAAAGAAUUCAAUACGAUUGCGGUUGAUGAUGGUAUUGCAAUGGGGCAUGACGGCAUGCUGUAUUCAUUGCCUUCGCGUGAUUUGAUUGCAGAUUCUGUUGAAUACAUGGUCAAUGCGCAUUGCGCAGAUGCCAUGGUGUGUAUUUCUAACUGCGACAAAAUCACACCAGGGAUGUUAAUGGCGGCAAUGCGUCUGAACAUUCCAGUGGUAUUUGUCUCUGGCGGCCCAAUGGAAGCGGGUAAAGUUAAAAUCCGUGGUACAGAACAUGCGAUUGAUCUCGUUGAUGCAAUGGUGGUUGCUGCUGAUGAUAGUUUUACCGAUGAAGAAGUAAAACAAUACGAGCGUUCAGCUUGCCCAACUUGUGGUUCAUGUUCAGCCGGUCAAUUGAUUGUUAAGUUGGCAAAGCGCCAUUAUGAACAAGAUGAUUACACCAUAUUACCGCGUUCAAUUGCGACCAAAGCAUCUUAUGAAAAUGCGAUGACGCUAGAUAUUGCAAUGGGUGGUUCAACCAAUACCUGCCUGUGUUGUGUAAAGUUGCACCUGCAAAACAAGAUGUCCAUAUGGAAGAUGUUCAUCGUGCGGGAGAUCCAGAGGUUUACGAGUUUUUCCGUUCAGCACCAGGUGGUGUUCCAACUCAAACAGCAUUUUCGCAAAACCGUUAUUAUCAAACUUUAG